UGGCUGGUGUGGAGUCUCUUAAAGCGGCAGGCGCGCGCUGACAGGUGAGCGGCAGGUUCAGAGCAGGACUCCGGCGCCAGCCAGGCACCGGGCACGUCUUUCUGCUGGCUGCCCUUUGAAUCUCUGCUCUUUGGUGAAUAAAAGGAUCCUCGCGUUCUCUACAAGCCAAUCUAAGUGCUGGGGGUGGAGCAGAGCCCUGGUCCAAGGCAGAACGGAUCCCGCGCCAUGGGCGGCCGGGCCGAGCCCCUGAGCCUCUUGACCCGCUGGUACAUCUACGCCAUCCACGGCUACUUCUGCGAGGUGAUGUUCACGGCCACCUGGGCCUUCGUGGCCGAGCGGGACUGGAAGUUCCAGGGCGUCACCAGCGUCUGGGCCCUGUUCAUCUACGGCACGUCCAGCCUGGUGCUGGAGCGGAUGUACCUGCUGCUGCGGGGCCGCUGCCCACUGCUGAGCCGCUGCCUGUGUUACACCCUCUGGAUCUACCUGUGGGAGUUUGCCACCGGCUACCUGCUGCGCCGGUUCGACGCCUGCCCCUGGGACUACAGCCACUUCCGCUACCACCUCAUGGGGUUGGUGACGCUGGAGUACGCCCUGUUCUGGUUCCUGGGCUCCCUGCUGCUGGAGAAGCUGAUCAUCGGGAACACCCUGCGGCUGCGGCUGGAGAGGCCCGGCCCCACGGCCGCCCCCACCGGCCGCUUCGCACCCCGCAAGGACGCCUGAGCGCG